AUGGUUGAUGUCCCAUCUAUUGAGUCAAGGGUAUAUGCCUAUCCCAAAAUAAACCGAACAGAGGCCAAUUACAACUAUAGGGUAAUUUGGCCUUUCAUGGAUGUUGUUGCCGAGUGUCUACCAACAUGCCAAUUCGAACCAGGAGAAAAACGCUUGCAGGCUAUCAGUGAGGAGCUCAAACGCCAAGAUUUGGCUACUUCGCACUUUUACAAUGCUGAUGGAGUGAUUUUCGACGACGAGCUUGGUUUGGAGCUUGGUAUAUUAGAGACAUCUGGGCUUUAUGGCCUGGAUGAUCCUACCCAGGAGACGAACGAUUAUAUCAACGCGGCGUAUGGUUUGAUGGCGAUGCUACAUACUAUCGUAUAUAUAAGUAUGUUUACGCUGACGCGGACAUCCUUAUGUGUUUGA